CGCGCCCCGCCCAUCAAGAGGCCGCGCCUCACUGCUCAGAUGUCCACUGAAGUUACCGACUCACUGGGCAGAAAACUGUGCCUGCUCCCGAGCUUGCCCAGGCUAAAGACCCUGUCGGGCUCCACGGCCAGCGGGGGCAUCCUCUCCAGGGCGCUGUCCGGCGGCCUGGCCGUGGCGUCGAGGACGACCUUUGUGACUGGCACCGCCACCUCCGCAGCCGUCACCACCGCCACCACCACAUGCGCGUCCCGGGGCGUGUCCAUGCCGGUGGGCAUCCUGGCGCGCACGCUGUCCGCGCCCGCCGACCUGCAGCCCACCAGCACGUCCCAGGAGGAGCGGCCCGUCGCGCCGGGCGUCGCGACGCUGUCCACCGCCAAGGCCGCGCUGCCCCCGCUGUCGUCGGUCAUCGCCUCCCUCCCGUCCUACUCGGCGCCGCCUGUCUCUCUGGUGCUCACCAGGAUAAACACCUUGAGCGCGGCGCCUACGUCGACACAGGCGGUGUCCGCGGUGACCUCGUGCGCCUUCAGCGCGGCCGUCCGCCCGACCGCGCUGCUGACGACGGUGACGACGGCGUCUGUGGUGCUCCCGGCGACGUCCUCGACUAGUCCAGCUGUCCGACAUGCUUCACCCCUGGGUGCCGUGAACUCCACGACGACCACCUCGCUGGUGUGCACGGUGACCUCCCAGUCUAUCUGUUCGGCGCCCUCCCAGACCAUCCUCAUGAACCCCAUCCUCUCCAAAGCGCUCUCCCCCUCGGGACUCGUGCCGACAUUUGUCUCCAAGUCUCUAGACGUUGCUCCAGUUUCGACGGCCAAGCUCACUACGACGCCCACCGCCACCCGCAUCCCAGCCGACACAAAGGAGUGCUCCGGGCAGGUGGACCAGUCAUCGAUCGCGACGAGCACGACGACAGACGCCCUGUCUGCCGAGGGCGGCGCGUCGAACGCGGCCGUGUGUUUGUUGCCGGGAGAGGCUCCUCGAUUACGAUCCGUCAACAGCACGUCAACAUCCAACACCUCUUCCCCUCCCCCCGCCUCAGCCUCCUCCCCCGCCUCGCCGCUCGCCCUCCAACCUAGCGCCCCGCCAGAGGACGACACCGCCAGCAAGACGGGCCUCUCUGACUCGUGCGCCAGCAGCAGCUCGCUGUCCACCGCUACGUCGCCGCCCCUGGGCCUCGGCCUGGACAGCCUCGCGGCCCCGGAGCAGGCCUCCGUGGCGCCGCUGUUCGCCGAGUCUCCGGAUGACCUCAUCGAUGUGGCGGACGCGCUCAACGCCCUCGGGGCCGGCGACGACGACGCAGGUGAGGAGGAAGUGGGCAGCAGCCAGGACUCGACGCAGCUGUCGGCGGGAAGCAGCAGCAGCAGUAGCAGCAGCUGCUGCAGCGGCACGAGCGGCUGCAGCGGCACGACCAACUUCAGCGGCAGCACGUCGGGCGGCGUGGCCGGCACCUGCUGCGGUGCGGGCCGGCAGCAGCAACAGCAGCAGCAGCAGCAGCGCUCCCGGGCCGUGUCCCCCAGCAGGCUGGGCCCCCAGCAGUGCCAGGUGUGCUCCAAGGUGUUCAGCAACGCCUCCGCGCUGGCCAAGCACAAGCUCACCCACAGCGACGAGCGGCGUUACGUUUGUAGUGUCUGCUGCAAGGCCUUCAAGCGGCAGGACCACUUGAACGGCCACAUGCUGACACACCGCAACAAGAAGCCCUACGAGUGCAUGCUGGAGGGCUGCAGCAAGAGCUAUUGCGACGCGCGGUCGCUCCGUCGGCACGAGGAGAACCACCACCACCUCAAGGGUCUUCCGGCCCUCAAGGACAAGGGUGCCGAGAAGGAGAAGGAGAAGGAGGUGCGGCGGCGGAACUCCAAGACCAUCCUCAGCCUGCUGUCGGCGGCCGGGGAGAGCGGGGACAGCUGCGGCCCGCUGGCCAACGAGGAGGGCAGCUGCCCGCCGCCCGUCACGUCCAGCGGCGGGGCGCUGGGGGCCACGCCGGCGGCGAGCGCCACUCUGUCGCCGAACAGAAGCAAUGUGGCGCCCGACGGCGCGGGGGACGCGGCGAGUCCCAAAGUAUUGACAGCCGCGCUGUCACAAAUCUGCGGCUCCGUCCUGGGGGAGGCGGCGCCGCGGCAGCAGCUGCUCGGAGUGUCGCUGCCGACGGCCGGUGGGUCCGCGGGCGGACUCGCGGCCGGCUCCGUGGCGCCCCUUGUCAUCCCCUCCGUCCCGGCGCCCUGCGUGUCGUCGUCGCAAGCCUCGCCGCUGCCCUCGCCGCUGCCCUCGCCGCUGCCCAGCCCCGCGCUACCGUCGCCCGUCACCUUCACCUGUUCGACGCCGAGUCCCGGGGUGUCCGGGGUCCUGGUGUCGGUGGCCGGGAACCAACCCUCGCCCCUCAGGAUACCACAGCUGUCCAACCCCUCCCCCAUCACCAUUCCCUCAGUGAGGCCACAGCUCCUCACGGCGAGGGUGGUCUCAUCUAAGCCGCUGGCGGCCAACCAACUGCAGAGCGCGCAGGUCGCACCUCAGCAGACGACGCAGUUUAGUUUACUGCUUGAUCAGUCCAUUCCACAGAGCCCCGUUCCCCAGGCGGCUCUCGCCUCGCCCCCGCAGGUCCAGGGCGAGGUGCUCUCCACCAACUUUGUGUCCAGCUUCUUGUCGCCCACGCCGCAGCAGCAGGUGGCUCAGGGCUUGAGCCAGCCCAUGCUGAUCAAGACCUCGACCAGCAUGGCCGUGGGUAUCCAGUCUCCGGCCGCCCAGUCCAGCGUGGUGGGGGUGCGGCCGCAGCUUGCCCAGCCCGACAAGCCGGUCGCGACGGAGCAGGCCGCGGAGCAGGCGGUGAAGAUGCUCCCCCCUGUGUCGUGGUCCCACAUGACGGUCACGUCCACGUCGGGCCAGACCAUGCAGAUCUCGGCCCCGAUUGUGGGCCACAGCUCGGGCCACAUUAAAAGCCACCUGCCGCAGUCGCCUACCCUGCUGCUGGCGUCCGGUGGGGCCGGCACGAUGCAGUGCCAGCAGGACGCGGCGGCGCUGGAGGCGUUCCAGUCCCAGUUCCACGCGGUGCAGCAAGUCCAGCUCGUGCCCAUGCAGUCCCAGGUGUCCAUGAAGGGCGCCCUGGUGGCCGAGCUACCUCAGAAAAGAUCUCAGCAGGCACCUGCCGAACACCAGACUGACGUGUUCAGAAAUUCGGUGGAAGCGAAAGAUUUUGUCGGCGCGCUAAAGCAGCCAGUGCGGACCUUCCCCUUGCACCAGAAGAAGCAACAGUCGAAAUCCGGUUUGACCCACGAAAUGCCCGCUGCUAGCACGUCGAAUUGCGCACCUGUGAGCACCCCCACCACCACGACAACCGUCACCACCACAGCCAGCACUCUUGCCUUGACCCUUACCUCAACCAAAUCCUCAUCAGCUCCAGUUGUUAUCACCUCCAAAGGAAGCACCAAAACAAGCACCAACACCGCCUGUAGUUCCGGAAUAUCCAGCUGCAAAGUCAGCAGCACCGCUCACCUGGGCAGUGUGCGAGAAGCUCAGAACAACAAUUCCGGCCAGACCUCUCGGGCUCAGAAUCCCGCCAGCCAUGAUGACGCGAAGAAGAACGCGAAGGCCGCAGCUGACGCCGCCAACAACCAGAGCAAGCCUGUAGCCUGCAACCUGUGCAACAGGCGCUUCAAGAACAUUCCUGCACUGAAUGGGCAUAUGCGCCUUCACGGGGGCUAUUUCAAAAAAGAAUCUGAAUCGAAGCGCUCCGACAAGCGCGAGUCGACGGGGCCGCCACUGCAGACGGCGAGCGUGUCGGUGAGACAGCUGAUCGAGGAGAAGAUCAUCCAGAAGCGAGGCGGUACCAUCGGCAGGGUGGCGCUGCUCGCAGGCAGAGACAGUGCCGUGUCCUCGACGUCCUCACCGCCCACCACGACCACCACCACGACUAGCUGCCCGCCGACAGCCCGCCGGCACGUGGACCAGCACGAGCAAGCCUUCAGGAAGCUAUCGAUGUCCUCCGACUCGGUCGCUACCGCCACCGUCCUCCAACACCACAACUAUGCAAAUAGUUCCUUCCCUACGCCACCGCCCUCGGUGAACGCGUCCAACACCAACUCGCCGCCCCCGGCUCCCCCGUCACCCCUGACAUCGUUCCUGCCGCUGUCUCCGCAGAGCGACGGCUCGGAGCCACAUCAACUGCUUAUUCACUCCGAGGAUCCGCUUCUGUCUUCGACGAUUAAGGAUAUCACCAGGAAGAAGAUAGACCUUGGAUCAUUAACUGUUUUGGGAAGCGUCCUCGUGGAGAGAGGAGGAGAAUUGCAUUUAAUCCAAGCGCCAACAGCGAUUGUGCAGAAAUUAAGUAGCCGGAAUACCAAGCCUAAACACAGCAACCUCGACACCGCAUCCAACUUCAACACGACGGAUGUUCAAACUGCCAAUGCAGGGGCUUUAAAUACCUCCACCUACCAAAUGAUGCCUCAGUAUUAUAAGUCAGAAGAUAUGGACGAUGAAGUUUUCCUUGGUCCUCCGAUUGUGCCGGACAGCCCGCUCAGCCAGAGCAGCCCCGCGGCGCCCCCCAGCGGCCAGCCCCUGUGCGCGCCGCGCGCCAAGCGGCCCCGGCUCACGCGGCCCUACCCGGCCUACAAGUCGCGCCUGAGGAGCUGCCGCCGGGAGGCCAUCUGCUCGGCGAGCAUGCCGUUCACCCCCGCGCCCAUGCUGGACCCCAACCGUGCGGGCCCCGGCCUCAUCGCACACGCGGGGUCGUCCUGGCACUGCUCGUCCACCACGGCGGACGGCGAGGACAGCUGCGACGCCAUGGCCAUCUCGGCUCCCGAGUCGGACAGUUUCCCGCACGUGAACGUUGGCGCGCGCUUCCAGUGCGCCAUCCCGCCCUGCGACAAGAGGCCCUACUCGUGGUCCGACGAACCAGCCAGCAGCCAUAACUACCUGCUGUGGGAGCCGGGUGCGGUGGAUAAGUGCACGGAUUCUGAGGUGGACGCAUACUUGGACUUCGCCUGUUGCGACGCGAUCCCUUGGGGUGGCCGCAACCAGGAGUACGCUCUACACCUGCUCCACAUGUGCGACGGCGACAUUCAGGAGGCCAUGGUGCAGCUCAUGCAGCGAAGCCCGGUUCUCCCGCCUGAGCAUUCUCUACUUUCUUAUGAUUAUGGCAUCACCGAACUGUGGAGCGUUGACGAAAUGGACGCUUUUGUCAAAGCCCUGACAAAGCAUAUGAAGAAUUGGACACUGGUGGCAAAAGAGGUUUGUAAAAAUAAAUUUGAUACCUCUGCUUGUUCAAAAAGUACGUCCGUUUUUCCUCAAAUCGAUACGGCAAAUUACGGGAGCUGGGCGCCUGCGAGACUCGGGGUAGGCCACACCGCAGUACGCGCGUGCACUGCGGGCCAGAUGUUGCCUACCUAUCUGGCGCUAUGGCAGCUUGUAUCUAAACUUGGUAGUUUUGUAACGGCGGAUGGAGAAUGAAUGAUCCAAAAUCUGUUUGGAAA